CUGUGCAGCUCGUAUUCAACAUGGCGGCGCGGGAGGAAGGGGAGCUCGGCGGGGCUGUGCUCCAUUAAACUGCCGGCUGUGUGAGCUGAGAGAGAAGUUUUGCCGGGAUUUGAAGCGGGGACGGGCCCCUGUGCUGUACCGGGAGUGUUCACCUCAGGGCGAUCUUCCCUUUUCUCCCGGUGCUCGCGUAACCCCUUGCCGGGCCCUAGGACUCCCUCAGCGGGUGAGACUCCAGGCCUAUCCCCCGGGGGGAGGGCCCUGAGCCAGCCUCUCCCCCACAGCCUGGCUCCCACCUGUCAGAUUGUCUCACCUGGCUGGUAUGGAGCCUGGCACCUAAGCAGCCUGUGGAAGGUGGACCAUCCCUCAUCCCUACCAUAGCAGGCUCUUCAUAGACUCUCCCUGAGGUUGUGGUUGGCAGAUGUCACCAUGAAUUGAGGAUUGGACCUUCUCCUGGGUUGGCUCUUCAUGCUGGACCAAGAUCUCUUCCAAGGGCACCUGUCAUCGCUUUGACCGGCCCCAGAUCGGUGUGCCCCCUGGGGGUGUAGGCGCUUGAUUUGGGACACCAACACAAAGUAAACACCAAUGUUUCUUCCCACACCGCUCAUGGACUAAAGACCAAUUCUGGUGGUUGUUGAUGGUGGACCUAAACCACUUUGAACCUCCUCGACCCUCGCUCUGACCAUUCACGGAUCGCCGCCGCCUAUUGACUUUUCCGGGGUGAUUCGGAACACCCAACUGGCUGGUCAACGAUGCUUUGAAUGCUGGACAACCUCGUCUGCUACUGGUGGUCUUCCUAUGGGACCAGUAUGGGGUAUUGGCUGUGGAACUGGAAGGCUAGUUUACAGACUGACCUGGCAUCCUGUUAAGCAUGUUAUGAAUUGGUGACGGAUUAUCGGUGAAAUUUCCAGAGGUUUUGGUAGCUCCCAGCCGCCCGGUGGUCUGGAUUUAGGGGAUUAUCGAGACCCUUUUCGUUUUCCAGUUUGGGAUUGACCCUCCCGCCGCAGCUGGCACAGAUGCCUUCAGCCUUUGCGAUUUUCACUUGCCGCCCAAAUUCGCACCCUUUCCAGGAACGACAUGUCUACUUGGACGAGCCGGUCAAGAUUGGGCGGUCGGUGGCCCGCUGUCGCCCCGCGCAGAAUAACGCCACCUUUGAUUGCAAGGUGCUCUCCAGGAACCAUGCACUUGUCUGGUUUGAUCACAAGACUGGCAAGUUCUACCUUCAAGACACUAAAAGUAGUAAUGGUACCUUCAUCAACAGCCAGAGAUUGAGUCGAGGGUCUGAAGAAAGUCCACCAUGUGAGAUCCUUUCAGGAGACAUUAUUCAAUUUGGGGUUGACGUAACGGAGAACACCAGAAAAGGUGGUGAAGGGGGAGCAGGCAAUACACAAAUUACAGUGACUCAUGGCUGUAUAGUGUCCACAGUAAAGCUUUUUUUGCCAGAUGGACUGGAGACCAGACGGAGGUCAGAUGUCAUCCAAGCUCCACUGCCCUGUCCUGUCGACAAGGUUGCUGCUCACACUCCCAGUAUGUACUCUCAGGAACUGUUCCAACUUUCUCAGUAUCUACAGGAGGCCUUACAUCGGGAACAGAUGUUGGAACAGAAGUUGGCCACUCUUCAGAGGCUACUAGCCAAUACACAGGAAGCUUCCGAUACUAGUUGGCAGGCUUUAAUAGAUGAGGACCGGCUUUUAUCGCGAUUGGAGGUCAUGGGGAACCAGCUCCAGGCCUAUUCAAAAAAUCAGACAGAUGAUGGCAUUCGUAAAGAGUUGAUAGCGUUACAAGAAGACAAACACAACUAUGAGACGACAGCCAAAGAGUCUUUGAGGCGAGUUUUACAAGAAAAGAUCGAGGUGGUGCGGAAACUUUCUGAAGUAGAGAGAAGUUUGAGUAACACAGAAGAUGAAUGUACCCAUCUGAAGGAGAUGAACGAACGCACACAAGAGGAACUGCGAGAACUGGCCAACAAAUACAAUGGGGCAGUGAAUGAAAUUAAAGAUCUUGCUGACAAACUAAAGGCAGCUGAAGGACGGCAAGAUGAAAUACAGCAGAAAGGGCUCGCAGAGAAGAAAGAAUUACAACUGAAGAUUGACGAGAUGGAGGAGAAGGAGCAGGAACUCCAGGCAAAGAUUGAGGCCUUACAGGCGGACAAUGACUUCACCAAUGAGCGUCUCACUGCGUUACAAGUACGCUUAGAACAGCUUCAGGACAAAACACUUAAGGAUCACAACAGUUUGGGCAUUCAAGUUGAUGACUUCAAACCUAAAAUCAAUGGCAAUGCAGAUAAAGACAAGCUGAUAGAAGACGAGCAUCUGACCAAAGCGGAGCAGGAGAUCCAGAGCCUGAAAGGGAGUCCGGUAGACGUGAGAGAUUCAGACUUAUCAGAUACACUCAGUCCUAGCAAGGAUAAAAGCAGUGACGACACUACAGACGGCCAAAUGGAUGAGCAAGAGCUGAACGAAUCACUUAAUAAAGUUACCAUACUCAAAGAUGAGAUACAUCAUGUACAAUCUGGCACUAAUGAUGCAAAACACGAGAUCCAGCAGCUGCGGAAAGAACUGUCCGAAGCCCAGGAUCUAGCCAAAACUAGUCGACAGAAAUGCUUAGAACUCCAAGCACUCCUAGAAGAAGAAAGAACGUUCAGUAGAAAACAGGCUGAAGAUUCCACCAAGCAGAUCCAGAACCUCCAAGCUCAGUUGCAUAGGUUACAGGAAGAGAUAGAAAUCCUGCGGGAACAGAAAGAAAAUGAGAUCUCCAGCACCCGGGAAGAGCUGAUGAAUGCCCAGGAAGAGAUUGCCAUCCUGAAACAUGUGUCUGAACAGGUAGCCAAUGAAAGAGAAGGUGACAUACGUGAGCUUCAGGGUGAAUUGCAGGAGGUGCGCCUCGAGCUGGAACACUGGAAGAAAACUGCGUCCGAUUAUGAGAAGGAAAUUCUCACUCUGCAAGCCAGUUUCCAGACCCAGUGCAAGGAUCGGGAGGACCAGCAGAAGAGCGAAUCAGCACGGUGGCAGACUGAACUUGAGGAGCUCAAACACAGUCUCUCUUCUCUGGAGACAGAAUGCAAGGCUCUGCAGAAGGAGAACAAAGUGCUGACUGAGGAAUGCCAGAAGAUAGAGGGCGAGCUUCGCAGUUCCCAGAAGCAGUCCCAAGACCUCACAAGUAACCUCGGGGUUCUGGAAAUAAACCGCAAAGAGCUUGAAAAGCAGGUGGGCUCUCUCAAAGAGCAAAGUCAGCGAGAGGCAGCCGACUUAAAAACUCAUCUGAAAGAGGCAGAGAAUCGUGUACACAGCAUUCAGCAAGAGUAUGCGGGGACCCAGAAUAAGCUAUCUGAGCUAAAAGUGACUUUUGAAAAGACUGAACAAGAAAAGCAAACAAUGGUGGAGGAGCUGAAGCAAUGCAAAGAGAACUUGAAGCUGCUGCAAGAGAAGGGGAAUAAUAAACAGUGGCCUUGGAUGACUGUGAUGGCGGCGUUGGUAGCCGUGACCGCAGUGAUACUGUAUCCCAGCCUCAGCAGAGGCUCCCCGUGAGACUGCUCAUCAAAGCCAUGUACUGUCCUCCAUCUUAGCCAGCACCGGUCACAUUUGGAGAACACACAGAAAAUAAAAUGGAUCCUUACUCUUCCUUUUUACCUCUUAAACCCACAAGUCUCUGAGAGAACAGAAGUAGGACCAUUGCUUUAACCUGUAAUAUAUGUAAUAGUCCAGCAGGGGAAUAAAGAUAAGACUUUAUCUUACUUUA